AUGUCUUGCUCCGCUAUCUUUAUCCUCGAUUUGAAAGGAAAUGUAAUCGUAUCGCGUAAUUACCGUGGGGAUGUGGAAAUGUCAUGCAUCGAACGAUUCAUGCCGUUGCUUGUUGAGAAAGAGGACGAAGGUGUCCACUCACCGGUAAUCCAAUCCGGUGAAAUAAGUUACACCUUCAUCAAACACAUGAACCUCUAUCUGGUAAGCAUAUCGAAGAAGAACAUGAAUGCGGCCCUUGUUCUCUCGUAUCUUUACAAAUGUGUCGAGGUGUUUUGUGAAUACUUCAAAGAUCUAGAAGAGGAAUCUGUUCGCGACAAUUUUGUUGUAAUCUAUGAACUUUUCGAUGAAAUGAUGGAUUUUGGCUAUCCUCAGACAACGGAAAGCAGAAUUCUUCAGGAGUACAUUACGCAAGAAGGUCAUCGAUUAGAGAUUGCUCCUCGCCCUCCAAUGGCCGUGACAAAUGCAGUUUCAUGGAGAUCGGAUGGGAUCAAGUAUCGAAAAAAUGAAGUCUUUCUCGAUGUCAUAGAAAGCGUCAACAUGCUGGCAAAUGCUUCCGGGACAGUUCUCCGAAGUGAGAUCAUUGGCUCUAUUCGGAUGCGAGUGGUUUUGAGUGGAAUGCCAGAACUCCGGCUAGGCUUGAAUGAUAAAGUAAUCUUUGAGCAAGCAUCGGCUGGUGCAAGAGGUAGUCGAAGUGGAAAAGGAGUGGAACUAGAGGAUGUAAAAUUCCACCAAUGUGUCAGGUUGUCGCGUUUUGAAGCUGAAAGGACUAUUUCAUUCAUUCCACCAGAUGGAGAGUUUGAGUUGAUGAGUUAUCGUCUCACAACACAGGUGAAGCCACUUAUUUGGGUCGAGGCUGUUGUCGAAAAGCACACACAUUCUAGAGUCGAGUAUAUGGUUAAGGCUAAAUCGCAAUUCAAACGACAGUCUAUUGCCAAUCAUGUCGAGGUGAUCAUACCGGUGCCGUCUGACGCAGAUUCACCGAAAUUCAAGAGCAGCGUCGGCUCGGUCAAAUACGUGCCGGAGCUUAACGCGUUUGUAUGGACGAUUCGCAGUUUUCCAGGUGGUCGUGAAUAUUUGAUGCGUGCUCAUUUCUCCUUGCCUUCAAUUAUGAGCGAAGAGGCAGAAGGGAAGCCUCCCAUCCAAGUGAAAUUCGAAAUUCCUUACUAUACCACAAGUGGCCUUCAGGUGCGCUAUCUGAAAAUCAUUGAAAAAAGUGGAUAUCAGGCUAUGCCGUGGGUUCGUUAUGUGACCCAGAACGGUGACUAUCAAUUGAGAAUGACGUAG